AUGUUUGAAAGGAUUCCUCGACGUAAUGCAGAUUUGGUUGAGUUGUUAAAAGGUACUAAUUAAUUCACAUUUUUUUUGUUUUUACACUUUUCAAUAAUUUUAUACAUUCAUGAAUCAAAUCGUAUACUUACAACGUACUAAAAAAUUUAACUUUCAGCUAAGGGUGCAUUUUCGUCAGAUAGAAUCAAACAAGUACUUUUAUCUGUCGAUCGUGCUGAUUUUGCAAGAGUAUCACCAUAUUGUGACUCACCCCAAAGUAUUGGAUAUAAUGCCACCAUAAGUGCACCGUACAUGGUAAAUAUGUUUGAAAUAUAUAAUUUUACUUUAGUUUUAUUAUUUUAAGUAUAUUUUUGCAUCUAUAGCACGCCCAAUCGCUUGAACGGCUUGCCGAUGUUAUCAAAGAUGAAUCCCGCAUUCUCGAUAUUGGAUGUGGAUCAGGUUAUCUGACGACAUGUUUUGCUGAAAUGAUAGGACCUUCAGGAAAAGUGAUUGGGAUUGAUCACAUUUCCGAACUAGUGGCCUUGUCUGAAAGGAACAUACGAAAACAUCAUGAAGAGUAUCUUGAUUCUGAAAGAAUUGUUUUAGUCACUAAAGAUGGUAGGCUCGGUCAUGCAGCUUUAGGACCUUAUGAUGCGAUCCAUGUUGGCGCUGCCGCUUCAAAAAUUCCAGAAGAGGUAUGUUUAACUUUUUUAAAUCAAAGUUUCAUCAGCCACGCCUAAAGAUACAACGUAGAUAAAUUUUUAUUUAAUAUUUUGUUUAGCUAAAUUGUAAAAUCUUUACAAAUUUAGUUAAUCAACCAGCUAGCUCGUGGUGGUCGCAUGCUGAUACCGGUUGGAACAACGGAACAACAAUUUUUGCAAAUCGACAAAUCUGAAAAUGAUAAAAUCACUUCCAAAAACCUUUAUGGUGUGAUUUAUGUACCAUUAACUAGCAAGGACCAUCAGCUCAACAGCCGCUAA